UCGAAACAAAUUCGAAACACGCGAUUAACGGGUAAACGGUGACGCAGUGUGAGGUGUGUAAGAAUCGGUAAUUUUUCAUUGAAAUAAACCAGGAGAAAAAGAAGAAAUCAGUUACAACUAAAGAAAAGUUUUGAGGAAAGCAACGUCUUGCAAGAAGAAAAAAGUCAAUUGGCCAAUAAGCGCGAGCUUCCCGCGCUAUUGGCUCGUGGGAAAACAACCACGGAAUCUGUCAGUACGGAUUUUGUCAGUUUUCGACGUGGAUUAUCGGAAAGAGCUUGCAAGCCGACAGUGCUGAUUAAAAAAAGGAAUACGGUAAUCGACAAUGGCGGUAUUCGGAUUGGUCUCGGCUGUGGCCGGGUUCGUCAAGGUACGGUACUUAGUGGACAAGGCAGUCAUCGAUAAUAUGGUGUUCAGGGCGCACUACAGGAUUACCUCCGCGAUCCUGUUCGCCUGUUGUAUUCUCGUUUGUGCUAAUAAUCUAAUAGGUGAUCCGAUAAACUGCCUGAGCGAUGGAGGGGUGCCGGAAAACGUGAUAAACACAUACUGCUGGAUCACGUACACGUUCACAUUACCACACAACAAUGCAAAACCGGUGGGCACUCAUGUGGCUCACCCCGGGCUCGGCGGUGACAUUGGGGAAAAGAGGUAUCACUCCUACUAUCAGUGGGUGCCCUUCAUGCUCUUCUUCCAAGGUAUUCUAUUCUACAUGCCCCAUUGGAUAUGGAAGCAGUGGGAAGAGGGCAAGGUCAGAAUGAUAUCCGAGGGCAUGAGGGGAGCUCUGCUCGAUAACAAGCCCGAGCGACAGGCAAAGUCCCAACGGUUGGCAAAAUACAUCUCCGACACGUUGCACCUGCACAAUACUUACGCGGCUGGAUACUUCUUCUGCGAGGCCCUCAACUUUGUUAACGUGGUUGGAAAUAUAUUUUUCAUCGACACAUUUCUCGGCGGUGCAUUUCUAUCCUACGGUACGGAUGUACUCAAGUUCAGCAACAUGAAUCAAGAGCAGCGCAGCGAUCCUAUGGUAGAAGUAUUCCCUCGAGUCACCAAGUGUACGUUCCAUAAAUUCGGUGCUUCUGGAACCAUUCAAAAGUUCGAUGCUCUCUGCGUACUUGCCCUGAACAUUCUCAACGAAAAGAUCUAUAUCUUCCUUUGGUUCUGGUUCAUCAUUUUGGCGGUAUUAUCAGGUAUCGCCUUGCUUUAUAGCAUGGCGGUGGUGUUGUUGCCCAGUACACGAGAAACCAUUCUAAGAAAACGAUUCAAAUUUGGCACGCCAGCUGGUGUUAGUGCUCUGAUUAGAGAGACACAGGUCGGCGACUUCCUGUUGCUUCAUCUAUUAGGACAGAACAUGAAUAUAAUGAUGUUCAAUGAAGUGUUAGACGAGCUGUGUCGUCAGUUGAAUCUCGGAUCGACGAGUGGAGCAUCACCAACGUCAGUGCCAUCAGCGCCCAGCACUCUCGAGAUGUCGCCUAUCUAUCCCGAGAUCGAGAAAUACGCGAAAGAUACCGAGAUUUAAUUUCUUACAUCCUAUGAUCUUAUUUCUGCCUUUUAUUUUGCAUUGUGAUAAUGCCGAAGAUGUCUUUUCUGACAUCUUUGGUUUUUUUUUUUUUUCUGAAACGUUUGUGCUAUUGACAGUUGUUUCGUAAAAAAAAAAAAAAAAAAAAA